AGGAAGGACACUACAGCAUGAUGCAAACAGAAAUUCUGCGAGUCCGCAUAUAUAAUCACGUGUCACAACCCGGCCAAGCUCUGUGAGCGUUUGCUUCAAAUUGCCUCAUCACCGCCCAGAUGCCCCAGCUCGAGACUCUGCUCUGCACCAGGCAGAAGAUGACUGACUGUGAGUUUGGAUACACCCACAGGCUGGUCCAGGACUACCUGCAGUACGUCCUGCGGGUUCCGCAGCCCGGGUCCGGUCCGAGCAAGACGUCCAGAGUGCUGCAAAACAUUGCCUUCUCCGUCCAAAACGAAGUCGAAAAGAAUCUGAAAGCAUGCUUGGACAAUGUUAAUGUGGCGUCCAUAGAUGCCGCCAGAACGAUAUUCAAUCAAGUGAUGGAAAAGGAAUUUGAAGAUGGCAUCGUUAACUGGGGAAGGAUUGUGACCGUGUUUGCAUUCGGAGGUAUUCUCAUCAAGAAACUUCUACGAGAGCAGAUUGCCCUGGAUGUGGAUACUUACAAGGAGAUUUCUUAUUUUAUUGCUGAGUUCAUAACGAAUAACGCAGGAGAGUGGAUACGGCAGAACGGAGGCUGGGAACACGGCUUCGUAAAGAAGUUUGAACCUAGACCUGCCUGGCUGACUUUUCUGGAAGUUACGGGGAAGAUCUGUGACAUGCUGUCCCUCCUCUACUCCUGACCCAAAGGACGCUCCGUAUUGUGAAACCUGCCUAAUCUCCCUGACCCUUACGGGAACUAUUGCCGACGGGUACAGCCACUUUUACAAACAACCUCGAUGACGUAACUCGACUUUCCAGAGUUACAAAAAUUUUGUCCUCAUUUUAAUGACUAAAUUGUAUUUUUCUCUAUAUGCAAUUUGUGUCUUAAUUUUUCGGGUGUGCCUGGAAAUUCAGCAAAAGGGUAGAGUUCAACAGGGGAG